GUCAACCGAAAUCAAGACACACUUUUUUUCUAACUACACAAAAAAGACCCUGGUUUGUCAAGAUGGAAGACAGUCCGAGCAGGAAGCCUACCUCUUCCAAGGUCAUCGACACGUUACACAAAGAGAUCGAUGCUUUGAAAGAGGAAUUAGAAAAUCUCAAGGUAUCCAACUCCACGUACAAAAAGAAGUGUGAGAUUGUAACUCGCCGGAAUGAGCUGUUUGUGGAUCAACUAGCCAACGCCAAACAUGAAAAUGACAUGAUAAACGCCUUGUUGACGCGUAAGGAGAGACGGAUCGUCGAUUUGGAAGCUGAGUAUAAUAACGUCAUGUCCUCCAACGAGAACUUCAAGAUGACAACUAAAAACAUGAAAAUCAGAUACGAGAGUUUACAAGAACUGAGUGCGUCGUCGACCGCCGAGUGUGAACGAUUGAAGAUCGCGUAUGACGCUUUGGCUGCCAGUCAGUUGGAGUACAAAAAACAUUAUGAAUCGGAGGUGAUGAAGUUGAACCAGGAGCACAAGGCCUUUAAACAGGAAUACGUCACCAAGUACGAGAAUUUGUUGUCAAGUUUCGGGGAUAACGACAAGGAUAUAGACGCUUUGUUGGACGGCUUGACCAAUAAGAGGAAGACUCUUGAUAACCUAUAUUUCAAUAGGAACAAGCUAAUCUUGGAUUUAUUGGCUAAACUUGCUUCAGUAUCUAGAAUCCACGGUCAGGACACAAAGGCGAUCUUACAGGAUAACUUGGAUAACUUGAUCUCGUUGAGGGAAAACUAUCCGGAUUUGGAGUUGAAAAUCAAUGAAAUGAACCAGCAGCAGCAGCCCUCUGAGGCAGGAGUUUUGAAAGAAAUAAAUUUUGACCAACUAAUAUUGGACUCCACCGAAGCAGUUAAUUCGUCAUUUGAUGAAGAAGCCACUCUCAUUGAAGAGCCCAAACUCUGGAGGCAAAAUACCAAGAAAAAUAAUGUAAAUAACAAGAAAAAGAGAUACUCCCGAAUUGAAGAUAACAAACUCGAAAGAACCAGAACUCCAACCCCUCCUUCCCAUAAUCAUCACACAGAUAAGAGCAAGCACAAGAGCAAGAGAAAAUCCGUGUACGGGGGAAAUAGUAAUAACGCCAAUAAUGCCAAUAAUAGCACUAAUAGCAACCUGGGAUAUAAAAAGGAUAUACAAGUGACUUCCUAAUUAAGCCAUAUUCACGUCUACAAUCUUUAUUUCAUUAUAAGACUAUCGUUUAUUGAACAUAAGUGCUCACAAAAGACUCUGUAGCUAUUCUCUUUUGUCGAUUUCAAACACCAUGAGUCUCCCGUUGUUGUAUCCCACCAACACCAAUAGUUUAUUCAGUUUCUUCCUUAAAACAAUGUUCUUAUAUUUUGAAUUCGAGUUUAUCGAACUAUUAUAAUGCUGGAUUCUUAGAGCAGAGAACUUCUGACUCGACUCUAUUAGCUGGUCAUUCUGGUGGUGAUUACUUGUAAGAGUAUUGAGUCUUGGUAGUUUAAUUUCAUGCUUAUCUACAAGCAUGAAGUCAUUUUUAGUGUCAAAAAUCUUGAUUACCCCGUUCCAAGUCCCCGUGACUAUAAGGUUGUUUAUGACUUGAAUUGACUGGAUUCCCUUAUACUUGACGUUUAUUUCUCUGACCUCGUCAUUUAAUAUAUCGGUGCUUUCGAUAUUGUGAACAGUGAUUUUCUUACCAGUAGAACCCACAAGAAGCUGUGUGGAAUCAAGCACCUCUAUGGACAAUAUGGGAUUGGGAACAUGGAAUUCGUUGUAGUAUACCAACGAAAUCUUGGGUUCUUUGUUGAUAAUAGAUCUCAGUUGAGUGGUGUUGGUGCUGGUGAAAUUGCUCUGAGAAGACGGGAACUCAAGUCUGAACCCUAGCAAAUGACCCGACUCGUACCCGAUAAAAAACCUCUCAUGAUUCACGAACUUAGCUAUCAUGAUGAUUCCAAAUCCAUCUCUUUUGGUUCCAUUGAUCUCUUCGAUAUACCCGGUAUGGUGUUUGUAGUGUUUAAAACCACUGCAAUUGUGGAUGAGUCUGGAGAUAUUGAAGUCUAUGGGGUCAACUUGGUAGAUGUCGAAAUUGUCGGAGUCGAUGGUGGAUGGGGUUAUUAAAAGACCUUCGUGGUAGUCAAUAUUACAGAAAUUGAGUGAGUUAACAGGAAUUGAAUCGAAUUUUGGCAAUGGGAACUUGGCUACAAGCGAACUUGUUUCGUCAUUCAAGUAAGUCAAUUCAUUGAAGGUCAAAUCAGGUAGGUUUGAGGUCAAUUUGCCUAUUUGGCUAGGCGAUAGGUCCCAGAUGCGGAUUUCACUGUCUUUGGAAUGAGUUAAAAUGUGAUGGUCAUCGAGAAUUCGAGUGGUGAGAACGGUUUUAUCAUGGCCCUUCCAGCAGUAGAGCGCUUUAUGGGUGUGAAAGUCCCAGACGAUGAUCCAACCAUGAUCAUCUGUGGAGACGAUGAGGUUGUGGCGGGUUUCAAUUGUGGUGAUGGAGUUCAAAUGUCCUCGUAGAGAACAUAGUUGGUUCAUUAACGU